AUGGACGCCGACAGCGAUGACCCGCGCCAGGACGAGCUCAGCUCCCUGCAGGCCAUUUUCCCCGAAAUCGAGCCAGACGACCAGCGGCCCUUCUGCUUCACCAUCGAGCUGCCGGUUCAUCCUGCGAAGCCCGUGACCGUUGCGUUUCCCGCCGCCUCCAUUGCCGAAGACGCUGCUGCUCAGCUCCCAGGCGUCGAACCCCGCGUCGAUUCUCAUGAGCUCUCCCACCUCCCCGCCGUCGUGGUCCGCAUGGACCUGCCCAAGGGCUAUCCGUCAGAAAGGCCGCCCAGCGUCAGCAUAAGCACAUCGCCACCAUGGCUUACAAAGGACGUCACUAAGAAGCUGGAGGACGACGGCGCGCGGUUGUGGGAGGAGAUGGGCCGCGACAUGGUCGCUUUCACGUACAUUGACCACAUCCAGCAAGCAGCGGACGAUGUGUUUGGCAUGGUUGACGGGGAUGGCGCUCUGGUGAUUGACCCAUCCCACAAGAUUGCCAUCCUGGACUAUGACAUCGAGGCUGCUCGGGCUGCGUUUGAGAAGGAGACAUUUGACUGCGGCGAAUUCUACAAUAACGCCAUUACGGAAGGAGACCUGGCAACAGUCCGCUGUCUUGCCCCGAACUGCUCCAAAGAGCGCGCCGAGGCUGGGCGGGGCAAGGGCAAGAAGCGCAAAGUCAAGACCUCCAUCAGCCCCAGUGAACUGCUCCAAAUGGGCCUGUCCCAAGAGACGGUGACUCGUUACGUGACCCUCAAGUACAAGAACGAGCUCGAGUCAGACAAGAACACCAUCUACUGUCCCCGGUCGUGGUGCCAGGGCGCUGCGAGAUCCAAGAAGCACAGGAAGCCCGAGGGGCUGGAGCUCGUUGACGAGAGUUCGGACGAGGAUACGGAAGACGAGGAAGGCACAAACGGCAAGAAGAAGCAAGCUUUCGACAGUGGAGACCUUUUGGCCAUAUGCGAAGAUUGCGGCUUCGCCUUCUGCAGCCGCUGCUACCAGUCGUGGCACGGCGAGUUCUUUCGCUGCGCGCCCAAGCGAGACAAGGGCGAGCUUUCGGCCGAGGAGCAGGCCUCGAUCGACUACAUCAACCUGCAUACGACGCCGUGCCCGACGUGCGGCGUCACGGCGCAGAAGAGCCACGGCUGCAACCACAUGAUCUGCUUCCGUUGCGCCUCGCACUUUUGCUAUCUAUGCUCGGCCUGGCUCGAUCCCAGGAACCCCUACGCCCACUUCAACGAGCAGCCCAACGGCAAGUUCACGUCGUGCUACAUGCGCCUGUGGGAGCUGGAAGGCGGCGAUGGCGAUAACGUCGACCACGGCUUCGCCGGUGGCGCGCGACCGGCGCAGAAUGAGGCCCCCGGCCCCGUCGAGAUCGUCCACCUCGUCCCUGAGAUUGAGGAGCCGGACGACAGCGACUCGGAUACGGAGGCGGACGACGUUGCCCAGCCGCCGCCCCUCCGGCGGGCGGUGUUGCGCGAGAAGGACCGCUCGUCCUGCGGAUAG